AAAGUGGAAACAAUGGACCUGGUUUGGGAGUUCACUGAACGGGAUUAUAGAAAAAGUCUGAAGAAAAAGGAAACACUGCAACUGUUUGUUGAUUUUGAAAAACUAAUACCUAAGAUGGAAACACCGGAACUGGAGAGGGAGUGUUACAAUUUAUAUUCUCAACUUCUGAAGAAAAAAACAACAACUGAACAGAAGAAGAAGUUGCGGAGAUUACGUUCUCUAUUUGUGGAGAAAAGGAUAGAACUGGAACAGGAUUCUCAGUUGACUGAACGGAUGUACACACAACUUCAUAUGGAAACAAAGGACCUGAACAGGAGGUUAACUGAAUUGAUUGAUCAACUUCAUGACAAAAUGUUAACACCGAAACAGAAGUGGAAGUUAAAUGGAUUUAUUCAUCGACUUCUGAAGGAUACAGAGGAUCUUGAGAUGGCGUUUGUUGGUGGAGCUGCAGGAGAAGGGACAUCUGGUCCCUCAUCCACACCUCUCCUCUCUCCGGAGCUUCCUGCAGGUCUAGAGACAUCCAUCCCUCCAGCUCCCUCCAGUGAAACACAGCCUGCAGAAACUACACCACUAAUGUCCAGUGAAUCUCCUGCACCAACCGGGGACCAACAAGAACACACUUCAAGAACAAGUACCCCUGAUGUAACUAUGGAUGGUCAUGAUGAUGACCAGAGUCUGGAUGCCCUCGCCUACCGGUCUGGUACUGGACAGCUAGACAUUGAGAUGGGUCCAGUCCAAACACUGCCCAAAGAUCGUAACAGGAUUCUUUAAUAUCGCUGUUAGACCCAUGUUUCCUAUCGACCGUGAUUCACUAUUGAAGGGGAAUGACAUUACAGGAGACAAAGAAACGCAGUUCGAGAAAUUCUGGAUCAACAUGAAAGUGAAUCUGAUGGUUCAAACUCAGAAACUAGGGGAGGAAAUACACCAGUCUGAAUCCUUCCUGAUGCCAGCUUUCACAGGAGAAGAGGUGUGGUGUGUUUAUCAUCCUUAUUU